AUGGCUACCCAACGUCUCUCGGCCGUCCUGUCCCACCUCCCUUCUACCUCGAGCGCGGUAGACAACAUCGCGAAGCAGAGUCCCGACGAUGUGGUGAUCACCCUCGCGAUCAGGACGCCGAUGUGCAAGGCCAAGAGAGGCGGCUUCAAGGACCUGACGCUGGACGGCAUGGUCUUCAAGAUCCUCGAGCAGGUGCGGCUCCGGUGCAAGGUCGACCCGCGUCUGGUCGACGACGUCUGCCUCGGGAAUGUUCGCGACGGCAAAGCCGCGUACUAUGUCCGGGCCGCGUCUCUCGCGGCAGGCUUCCCCAACACGUCCGCCGCGUCGAGCGUGGCACGCUUUUGCUCCUCGGGGCUGACGGCCACGCAAUUCAUCGCCAAUGAGAUCAUCACAGGUACCAUUGAGAUCGGCGUCGCGGUCGGCGCCGAGACCCUCAGCGAAGGUAACGAGCGUCUCAGUCGGCCCUUCGUGGACGAGGUCAUGAACGGGAGCCAGGAUGCAAAGGACUGCAUGCUCCCGAUGGGUGCAACGUCCGAGAAUGUGGCCAGGGAGUUCAACGUCAGUCGGCAGCGGCAGGACGAGUACGCCGUCGAGUCUUACCGGCGAGCCGAGGUCGCACAGAAGAGCGGCUGGUUCGAGGACGAGAUUGUCCCCAUCACUGUCAAGAAGGACGGCAAAGACAUCACUGUUUCCCGUGACGAGAUUCGAUGGGGCACCACGUACGACGGGAUCAAGAACCUCCGUCCCGCUUUUCCGGAGUACGGAGACACCACACACGCCGGCAAUGCCAGCCAAGUUACCGAUGGAGCUGGCGCUCUGCUUCUGAUGAAGCGCUCCAAGGCCCUGGAGCUGAAUCAGCCCAUCCUUGCCAAGUACGUCGGUACCGCUCUCGCAGGCCUCCCACCGCGUAUCAUGGGCAUCGGCCCCGUCUUCGCCAUUCCCAAGUUGCUUUCCCGAUAUAAUCUGUCUCUGGACAAGGACAUCGACGUGGUGGAAAUCAACGAGGCGUUCGCUUCCAUGGCCGUCUACUGUCGAGAUUACCUCCAUCUUGACUGGACGAAGAUGAACCCAAGAGGUGGUGCUAUCGCACUCGGCCAUCCCUUCGGGUGCACGGGAGUUCGACAGAUCGUGACGGGUCUCAGUGAAUUGAGGCGGAGAAAACAAAAGGUAUUGCUCACCAGUAUGUGCCUGGGAACCGGCAUGGGCAUGGCCGGCUUGUUUGUCAAUGAACAGCUUUAG